AUGAAGACUACCGCAAUUCUCGCAGCCAUGUUGGCUCCCAACAUGGUCUUUGGGCUUUUGAACCCUAAGAUGGUGGCCAAAGGCAAGAAGUAUUUCGGAUCUAUCGCGGAUCCUAACACCUUGUCCAAUAGCAAUGUUCAGACUAUCCUCAACUCUGAUUUUGGCGCAAUCACCCCUGAGAACAGUAUGAAAUGGGAUGCGACUGAACCUUCCAAGGGAUCAUUCACUUUUACGAACGCUGACCAGACUGUUGCCUUUGCCACAAACAACGGUCGUCUCAUUCGUGGACACACUCUUGUCUGGCACUCACAGCUCCCAUCGUGGGUCUCAGCUAUCAACGACAAAGACACUUUGACUUCCGUCAUUAAAAACCAUGUCACGACCCUUAUGAGCCGGUACAAGGGCAAGAUUUACGCCUGGGACGUUGUCAACGAGAUUUUUGAUGACAGCGGCAACUUCCGUAAUUCGGUCUUCUAUAACGUCCUCGGCGAGUCCUUUGUCGACAUUGCCUUCAUUGCUGCCCGUGCAGCUGAUCCUGCUGCGAAGCUCUAUAUCAACGACUAUAACCUUGAUGGACCCGGCGCAAAGAUCAACAGUCUUGUUGCACUUGUCGGGAGGCUUAAGUCCCGUGGUGUUCCCAUCGAUGGUAUCGGAACUCAGGCACACUUGAUCCUUGGUCAGGUUGGCGGCGUUGCUGCUCAAUUGCAAGUCCUUGCAAACACUGGUCUCGAUGUUGCAAUCACCGAGCUUGAUAUUCGCAUUCCGAAAGAUGUUACCUCUGCGAAACUGGCCCAGCAGCAGACCGACUACAACACUGUCACAAAGGCUUGCUUGGGAGUUAGCAAGUGUGUUGGUAUCACCGUCUGGGGUGUCAGUGACGCAAACUCUUGGGUCGAUAGCACCUUCCCAACAUACGAUUCCCCACUUUUGUGGGAUGAUUAUUUCAACAGGAAGCUCGCCUAUACCGGUGUCGAUUCUGCGUUGACCUAA